AUUGAUCAUAUAGAACUACAAACUUACUUACUGCACCACAUAUAUCCUACAAAGUACAAACAUAAAGAGUAGAAAUGAAAGAUAUUGAUACGAAACGCCCAAGGAGGUUAGAUCUCAAUGCUCCACUCUUGUCAACAAGACGAUCUAACCUUGCUUCCGCAGCUAGCUUAUUAAAACUAUCACGCGUAGGUUCAUUACGUGGGUCGUCUAACAGGGUGCCCUUCUCAUGGGAGCAGAGUCCCGGCAAGCCUAAAGACGCGUUAACAAGUGAUGAAGAUGGUGUUGAAGAUAGUAAUAAGGUGGUCUUGCCUCUUCCUAAACCACCGCUUAUCCGUUGGCAACACGACAAUGGAGAUUGUAACAACAACAACAAAGACGGCGAUGAUGAUGAUGGUGGUGGUAGUAGUUUUUCGGAUGCCAUAGACUUGUUGUCCCUAGUAGAGUCAUUAAAUACUAGUGAAAGACAAGAAUUGGAGAGUGAUUUGAAUGGAGAUAAUGGAUCAAUGUCGUCACCAAAUUUCAUGAUACAAAGAUUUCUUCCAGCAGCAACAGCAUUGGCUGCAUCAUCAUUGUCUGCUUUAGCAGCAGCAAACAAAGAUAAGAAUCAUUAUCAUCCAAAUAGUAGUAGUGGUGGUAGUAAUAAGAAUUACUCAAACAGCAAUCAUUUUAGGGAAGCAUCAUGUGUUCCAAGAGUAGUAACAGGAGAAGCAUACUCUUCAUCUAAAGGUUGUGGCUUCCAAAUUUUUUUUCCAUGGCGCACUAAACACCGGUUGUGUGGAGUUAAGAGUCCGGUACGGCGAGUUCAUACCACUUUGAAACCCCAAGUUAGCCCAAGAGAUAACAAGUAGAUAAUUGUAUGAUACUACUACUAUUGUAAUUUGUAAGGAGUCCAUUUUAAUGGAAGAUAUAAUGUAUGUAUGUAUGUAUGUAUGUAAACCAUAGAAGUGUAGGUUGAGCUUUUUAUGGCUUUUAUGAUGAGCAAUAUUCUACUA